UCAGCCUGCCUUCCGGGGCUCGAGGGGGUGAUCCCAUACAAUGCUUGUAUUAUAGCGUCCCCCACCGGCAGGAAGGGCCGGUCACUGGGAGCAGCGCAGCUGGCUGGUCUCGAACACAGAAGAGGCUAAAUAUGCAACCACGGUUCUUCUGACAACCACGCGCGGGCGUGUGCGAGAGGAAUAUGGGAAGGGACCCACCCAACCUGAGAUUUGGAGAAACCAGCACGGUGACUCCGGACGCUGUUCCCGGGUGCUGGUGGAGGAAGCUGAUACGCUCCGUAGUUAAUGGCCCCCACGACGCGAAAGGAUGCAUUCCGUGAGACGAGGGGGUGCAUUGCCACCCAGCACGGGCCUAGCCCCGGCGCACACUCGCAAACGCCAUGAAGCCUGUGAACACCUCUCCUUUCUCAUGUGAUCGCCACAAACCCCGACCCUUCUCGCCCCUCCCCUCCCCGUGGAACUUACCUUUAUCUGUGAUGCGAUUCAAUUCGUACUAUGUGCAUAUAGAUCCCUUAGUCUGCAAGGUUCCGGGUAGAGUUGGAGAAUAUCAUUCUCUGAGGCUUCACGUCUUCAUCAUCCUUAAAUUCCCAGGCCCUUCCUAGAUCAAACUCGGUCGUCAUCCUUCACAGAUUAACUAACUAUUAAGCGGUCAGCCAUGAGAGUUUCUUCCGCUCAUGCCGCCGUUUUUACCCUUCUCAUCCUAUUGCUUCCGACGGUUGUUGUGGGAAGACAGAUUGGCCGGAGUCGUCGAGAUGGUUGGCACCAUGGAGCAAGGGCUCCAGCCGUAGUUGGGCGGGGAGGCAAUGCAGGAGCCGGGCUGUAUGAUGAGGAGAUGGGGAGGAAGGGGAGGGCGGAGACGGUGCAGGUAGCGGGAUCCAGCCUGCCUGACUGCUCGCAUGCGUGUGGAUCAUGCUCGCCGUGCCGCCUCGUGAUGGUGAGCUUCGUGUGCGCGUCCUUGCAAGAGGCGGAGACCUGCCCGAUGGCCUACAAAUGCAUGUGCAAAAGCAAGUCCUACCCAGUUCCCUGAUCUAAUUUCUUGUCAUGGAUCAGCACGCUACAUCGUAACGGUGAUGAUGAUGUUGCCUCCGGAUACGUAGACGUAAAGUACGUGCUACUCCAUAACGGUGAUGAUGAUGUACUUGGCUCUGGAUACGUAGACAUAGAGUACGUCGUCAUGUAGGUACUCAUAUGAUGCUGCGUCAUCUCUGUCGCAAUGCAUGCCACGGGACUUGUAACUCAUCAUGCCAUGCAAAUAACAGCCAUUAUAUCUUAAAUCUUUA